AUGCGUUCUCUCGCUACUCAAAAAUUUGGCAAACCAGAAAACUACGAGAUCCUCGAUCUCCCUCAACCAGAGCUCACGCGCCCAGAUGAAAUCUUAAUCAAGGUCCACGCAUCGUCAAUUAAUCCAGUUGAUGUCAAGCUAGCCACUGGAAUGGGCAAGAAUCUUCUUCCCUGCCCACUUCCUUUCAAACUUGGAUACGACGUCUCCGGAACCGUAGUAGCCGUCGGCAAGGAUGUCCCCUCUACUCUUCAACCAGGCAUUGAGGUCUACAGCCGUGUCAAGGAGGAGUACCGAGGCACGGCGUCCGAGUUUGCGAUAUCUACAGUGGAUGCCACCUCCCCUAAGCCCAAAUCCCUUACCCAUAUCGAAGCGGCAUCUCUACCCCUUGCUUCGUUGACCGCCCUGCAGGUCCUUGACAGAGCGGACAAGCAAUUGGUCGGGGGGCUCAAGGGCAAAACCGUCUUCAUCCCGGCAGGUCUGUCAGGAGUAGGCAGCACGGCAAUCCAGCUGGCCAAGCGGGUCUUCCAAGCAGGAAAAGUCAUCACCACUCUCUCAACUAGCAAGAUUGCUCAGGCAGAUGGUCUCCUUGGCGCAGAUGUCAUCGAUGUCGCCAUCGACUACACGAAGGACAACUAUGCCACAACGAUCGAGGCAGGUUCAUUAGAUUUCAUGUUUGACAUCACCAAUCAAUCAAUGGGAAGUCUUCACCUCAUGAAGAAAGGGGGCCUGAUUCUUACCAUUGCUGGAGCUCCUUUUGGCGAGAUGCUCAAGGUCAUGACGAGUCUGCCCACGGUAGUCAGAUAUGGCCUGACAGCCUUUGGAUCCUGGCGCCAGUUCAGGGCAGGCAGAUAUAAUGUCGGCUUCGACCACAUCCCCAUGCACCCGAGUGCAGAAGACCUCGCGAGGUUGGGGCAGUGGGUGGAUCAAGGAAAGCUCAGAACCGUGGUGGGUAGGGUAGCAAAGUUGAGGGACGUGGAUGCGGUUCUACAAGGAUGCCAGGAGGUGUUCAGUGGCAAGGGAGGCAUCGGCAAGUUUGUCAUUGAGGUGGAACAGUAA